AGGAUGAAAAGGGGGAAAGACAGCCCAUCGUGUACCUGAGCAAGAAGUUGCUACCCUGGGAGCAGAACUACGUGGCCAUCGAGAAGGAAUGCCUGGCCAUGGUGUGGGCCCUCAAAAAACUACAACCCUAUCUAUUUGGGUGACACUUCACCAUGUACACCAACCACUCUCCCCUGACCUGGCUGCACCAGAUGAAAGGAGCCAACGCCAAGCUCCUGAGGUGGAGCCUGAUCCUGCAGGAUUAUGACAUGGACGUGGUCCAUGUGAAGGGAAGUGCCAACAUGAUAGCGGAUGCGUUGGCCCGGAGAGGGGGCCCUGAACUUCCCCAGGUCAUUGAUGGAUCCGGUGCAGAAGGCGGUGAUUAACCACACCUUCGGGGCGCCCCCCGGCAAGGCCCGGCGCCCCGUCAUCUCCUGCAACGUCUGCCAGAUCCGCUUCAACUCGGAGAGCCAGGCCGAGGCGCACUACAAGGGGAACCGACACGCCCGGCGCAUCAAGGGCAUGGAGGCGGCCAAGACGCGGCAGAAGGAGUCGGGGCCCCGCGAGGGCGACAAGCCGGGGCCCGUGGGCAGCCCCAUGUCCAGCGUCAGCGAGAGCGACUCGGACAAGCCAGCCGAGCAGCAGAACGGGCUGGGGGGGACCGUGCCCUCGGCGCCCGCCUCACCCUUCAAGCCGCCCUACCUGGCAUCUCCGGUCCCAGCCGUGCCACCCAACCAGGCCUCCUUUGCCGAAGCGAGCCAGGAGCCCAGGGGCACGCUGGCCGUGGGGGACGUGGCGUCAGUGCCCGCUGGCACCUCCGUGCCCAGCAGCAAUGGCAGCGUGGGGCCAGGGGCGACCUCCAAGUCAGACGAGGAGAAGGCCAAGAAGCUGCUGUACUGCGCCCUCUGCAAGGUGGCCGUGAACUCCCUGUCGCAGCUGGAGGCCCACAACAAAGGUACCAAGCACAAAACCAUCCUGGAGGCGCGCAGCGGGCUGGGGCCCAUCAAGGCGUACCCACGGCUGGGCCCCACGGCCAGCGGGGAGCCAGGCAGCCAGGACCCCAAUGCUCAGGAGCGCACCUUCCACUGUGAGAUCUGCAACGUCAAGGUCAACUCGGAGAUCCAGCUCAAACAGCACAUUUCCAGCCGGAGACACCGGGAUGGGGUAGCCGGGAAGCCCAACCCCCUGCUGAGCCGGCACAAGAAGCAGCGCAGCUCAGCCGAGCUGGGGAGCCCCCUGGCCUUCCCCAAGGACCUGCCCAAGUCGCUGGCGGCCGGACUCCUGCCCAGCCCCUUGGCCAUGGCAGCAGCGAUGGCAGCCGCGGCCUCCGCCCCCCUGACGCUGCGCCCAACGCCCCCACUCCUGCAGGGGCCCCCCCUGACGCACCCGCUGCUGCGUCCGGCCCCGGGGCCCAUCAGAACUGCUCACGGGCCCAUCCUCUUCUCGCCGUACUGACGCCCGCUGCUGUGCCCCUCGACGCCCACCUCCGCUGGACCCGCCCGGCACCCACCCGAGCUCCCGGGGGCUGGGCGGGGGCUGGGCGUGGCUUGGGGCCUUUCGUUUGUGGCUUUUUAACUGGAAUUCGGAUCCUUUUUCCCCAGAAGAAAAGGGACAAGCCCAUCCCCCGUCCGCCCCCCGAGCUCCGUCCCCCCAGGCCCAGCCAACUCUGCACAAGUGCUGGGCCCCCCGGGGAAGCGGCCGAGGGGACCCCCACAGCCCCCUUCAUUGCUCUUUUCUCCCUGGUACCAAGCGUGGGGGGGAUCUGAAUCUUGGGAGAAGGACGGGGGAAGGGAGAAGCCCCCCUGUCGGACUCCAUGGAGUGUCAGGUUGGGGGGGCGACCCCAGAUCGGGGGGAGGGUCCCCCGGUACCUCAGGGAACUGAUCGCAAGCAAUCUCUUUUGUAUCUCUCUCUCCAUGGGGCGGCGCCCCCGUCCCUCCCAGAACUGGGGGGCUCCCUCCAGCCCCCCAGCAGGAUCCAUGCGGGGGCAGGGAGCCCGCCAGCCACACAAGCCAUGUCCACUUGCACUGAGAGGCGCGAAGCUGGGAGCCCGGCCCGCCAGGAGAACGGACACCAUUGCAAUAACGUUGGGGCCUGGGCCGCCCCGUGUACAUAGCACCCCCCACCCUCCCCCAUGCUUCCUCCCGCUGCCACCACGGCCCCCGGCCAGCAGCCUGCGGCCCACACUGUGCCCCCCUCGCCCGCCCCUCUCCCCUUCGGGCAGGAGCUCUGUGUCUAGAGGUAGCGCCCUCCCCCCCCCGUCCCUCGGGAGCCACUGGCUGGGCCUGGCCUGAGCCCCCUGCCGUGGGGCCAGGAGGCUGAGGGGAAGCCCCAAAUGUGGGUGACUUUAUCAGCUGUGCUGAGAAUGAGGGGGGUGUCCCAGCUGGCGGGAGGGGGGCUGGGGAUGGCCGCCCUGUAGGGCAGGACUGGAUGAGGGUCCACAGGGCAGCCAGGGCACUUGCUCGGAUGCUGCAGGGACGGAGCCCCGGCCAGGCCCUGGGGGUCUGAUCCAAGUGGGGCAGGGGAACCCAGCCUGGGCCGCGUGGGUACCCAGCUGUCACCUCCCUGGGGCUGCAGCCCACGUUAGGCCCUGCCCCCCCCACCACGGCCUGUGGGGCUCAGCCCAGGCAGUGGGCACCAGCUGAAUCACCCUUUGCCCUGCCAUGGGGCCCCUGCUACCCCAACAGGGAGUGGGGGUGGGGUUCCCUGUGCCAGGGAGCAGGUGGUGCCCCAAGUUCCAGCCAGGACCCCUCCCCGCAUGUGUAGGGGGUCAGCUGGGCAGACCCUAGCUCAAAUACAUGGGAUGGAGAGGCUGGGGUUAGGGGGUGCAGGGGAUAGGGGGUGCCCCUUGGGGGCCAGAGAAAGGUGUGGGGUGCAGGGGGCCACGGGAGGAGAUGGGGGUGCAUCGAGUGGUCAGUGGCACAUCAGGGGAAGGGAUGUGUGGGGUGCCCAUCGCAGAGGUGGGGAGGGGAUGGGAAGGAAGGGCUAGAGUGCCCAGGGGAGGGGUGGGCGGGUGCCCAGGGGAGCUCCAAGUGCUGCUGGAAAACGGCUGCCCCAGACGCAGACUUGCGAAGGGCUGUUGUGAUGCUGUUGCCAUGGCGGCCGCCCCCCCCAGCACGUCCCCACCCUCCGUGGGGCCACCCGAAGCCGCUCAGUGAGCCAGCAGCCUGGCCCCAGGCCCCUCAGCCUUAGCCAGAGAGGCCAGGUCAUUUCCUGGAGAUUAACCAGCCCUCUUCCCGUCCCCGCUAGGGCCCCCAGCCGUUAAAUCCCAGACACUCGUUAAAUGCCCGGGGCUGGCAGUGCCAGGCUGGGGGGGACUAAUACCCAAACAGCCCCUCAUCCUUACCUCAGCAACCCUGGGACCACUGGCCCCCAUGGCUGCCCCUUUGUAUGGUGCCUGGUGCUCCAUUGACUGGGUGUCCCCCAGCAAAGGGCUCGUGUGACAGGCCAGCACCUCCCCCCCCCCAGGUGUCAGUCACUGCCCCCAAAGCCCUGGCUGCCGGAGGAGAAUUGCCCUCCACCCCCAGCAGUGCGGGCCCCAUGACACACGACACCUCGGCAGGCCCCUGGCCUGGCCACUUGCCCAAAUGCAGCCUCUGAUUGGCUGGAGAGGUUCAGCUCCCAUGGCUCCCUUGACCCUGUGGGGCAGCAGGGGACACUGAUCUCAACUGUGGGGCCAGGGGCGUCCGCUCCUGCCCCAAGCCCGGGGUGGGGGCUCGAGCCAGCUUCCACCACCCAGGGGUUUGGCUGGGGGCUGGUCUAGCUCUUGGGCCACCCCCUCAUGGUCAGGGACAAGGGGUCCUGCCCCUCUAGCUCCUUAGCUGUGGGGCAGGCACUUGAU